AACUGUACAAUAGUCAUCAUUUACCUGGUAUCCCUACUUUACAACUGUACCUUGUUUCUGUGCCAGACAUAAAAUGGUCAAAUGGCUCUUUAUUUCUCCUGUAGGACAGUUACCCACAUCGUGCCUCAGGCAAACAUCUGAGGUGCUCCAGCAAAUGGAGCUGGCUGUCUCCUGGUCUGUUAAGCAGUCCAACCAAGUACCUCACGGAGGACUGAACCAGAGUCCAGAGAGUGUGACUGAGCAGCCCAGAGUCAUAAAUGGGCCUCUGAAGGCAGUGCCAGCCUCUGUUGUUCUCUCCUGACAUGAGUCAGAGAUAAGUCUGGGGAUGCCAAGACCUCUCUGGAGGUCAGGCAAGGUGAGGAUCCUUGGUCCUUGGGCUGGGGACUGAAACUGUGGAGUUCUCAGAACAGAUCUCAGAGGCACCCAGCCUCUGAGCCUGGGACGGCCUUGCAGCCUUUACUCUCCUUCUCCAGAGCAGCCAACCCAGUCCAUUUAGCUUCCCACCUAUGGCUAGUGACAGUCACUUGCAGUGCUCUGCCCUCACUAGCAUGCCGCUUUGCACCAGCUGGUGAUGUUGAAUCCUCUCCUGGAUGUCUCUCUCCUGGAUGUUAGUCUCUUUUAGCAGGCUCUGGCAGGCUCUGUGAUGCUGCCUCAGAGAAUUUGGCCUAAGGAACCACCAGCACAGGACCAUGCAAGCUCACGAAUUGUUUGGGUAUUUUCGAAUGCCAGAGCUGGUUGACAUCCGGCAGUACGUGCGCACCCUCCCGACCAACACGCUUAUGGGCUUCGGAGCCUUUGCAGCGCUCACCACUUUCUGGUAUGCCACGAGGCCCAAGGCCCUGAAGCCGCCAUGUGACCUGUCCAUGCAGUCAGUGGAAGUGGCGGGUACCGAUGGCGCUCGGAGGUCCGCGCUCCUUGACAGUGAUGAGCCUCUGGUGUACUUCUAUGAUGAUGUCAGAACACUGUACGAGGGUUUCCAGAGGGGACUUCAGGUGUCAAACAAUGGCCCUUGUUUAGGCUCUCGGAAACCAGACCAACCCUAUGAAUGGCUUUCCUACAAACAGGUUGCAGAGUUGUCUGAGUGCGUGGGCUCAGCACUGAUCCACAAGGGUUUCAAGGCCUCCCCAGAUCAAUUCAUUGGCAUCUUUUCUCAAAACAGACCUGAGUGGGUGAUUGUUGAGCAAGCAUGUUUCACUUACUCAAUGGUGGUGGUUCCGCUUUAUGACACCCUCGGAACUGAAGCUAUCACGUACAUAGUCAACAAAGCUGAACUCACUGUGAUUUUUGCUGACAAGUCAGAGAAGGCCAGACUCUUGCUAGAGGGUGUAGAAAAUAAGUUAACACCGGGCCUUAAAAUCAUAGUUGUCAUGGACACGUACGGCAGUGAGCUGGUGGAACGAGGCAAGAAGUGUGGAGUGGAAAUCAUCAGCAUGAGAGCCAUAGAGGACCUUGGAAGAGCUAACAGAAGGAAGCCCAGGCCUCCAGCAUCUGAAGAUCUUGCAAUAAUUUGUUUCACAAGUGGAACUACAGGCAACCCCAAAGGAGCAAUGAUCACUCACCGAAAUGUAGUGAGCGAUUGUUCAGCUUUUGUGAAAGCAACAGAGGGUGCGAUCAGCCCUUCCCCAAGUGACGUUUUGAUAUCUUUCUUGCCUCUUGCCCAUAUGUUUGAGACAGUUGUAGAGUGUGUGAUGCUGUGCCAUGGAGCUAGAAUAGGAUUUUUCCAAGGAGAUAUCAGGCUGCUUAUGGAUGACCUCAAGGUGCUUCAACCCACAGUCUUCCCUGUGGUUCCAAGACUGCUGAAUCGGAUGUUUGACCGAAUUUUUGCACAAGCAAACACCACAGUGAAGCGGUGGCUGUUGGACUUUGCCUCCAAGAGGAAAGAAGCAGAGCUUCGCAGCGGUGUCAUUAGGAACAACAGCCUGUGGGAUAAACUCAUCUUCCACAAGAUACAGUCAAGUCUGGGUGGAAAAGUCCGGUUGAUGGUCACAGGAGCUGCCCCAGUAUCCGCCACGGUGCUGACGUUUCUGAGAGCAGCUCUCGGCUGUCAGUUCUACGAAGGCUACGGACAGACUGAAUGCACUGCUGGUUGUUGCCUGAGUACUCCUGGAGACUGGACGGCAGGCCACGUUGGUGCCCCCAUGCCUUGCAAUUUUAUAAAACUUGUUGAUGUGGAAGAAAUGAAUUACUUGGCUGCCAAGGGCGAGGGCGAGAUAUGUGUGAAAGGGCCAAAUGUAUUUAAGGGCUACUUAAAGGAACCAGGAAAAACAGCAGAAGCCUUAGAUAAAGAUGGCUGGUUACACACAGGGGACAUUGGGAAGUGGCUACCCAAUGGUACCUUGAAGAUUAUUGACAGGAAAAAGCACAUAUUUAAGCUGGCACAAGGAGAAUACAUAGCACCUGAAAAGAUUGAAAAUAUCUACCUGCGAAGUGAGCCUGUUGCUCAAGUGUUUGUCCAUGGAGAAAGCUUGCAGGCAUUUCUUAUAGCCAUUGUAGUACCAGAUGUUGAGAUCUUAUGUUCCUGGGCCCAGAAGAAAGGAUUUCAAGGAUCCUUUGAAGAAUUGUGCAGAAACAAGGAUGUCAAAAAAGCUAUCCUGGAAGACAUGGUGAGACUCGGGAAGGAUUCUGGUCUAAAAACAUUUGAACAGGUCAAAGGCAUUGCUCUACAUACUGAAUUAUUUUCUGUUGACAAUGGCCUUCUGACUCCAACAAUGAAGGCAAAAAGGCCAGAGCUACGGAACUAUUUCAGGUCGCAGAUAGAUGAACUAUAUUCCACUAUCAAGGUUUAAGGUGAGGAAGAAAGCCAAGAAGAAACUCACGCCUCCACAAUCCCUUCUCCUGCUGAUGGCCUUCACCUUGGUAACUUUGCCUGCAGCAUAGGGAAGGAAACAUCGUGUUUGAUUUGUACAUUGGGGUCUUGCCACAGGAAUAUUAGAGGAAAUGGAACACUGCCUUACAGUCUCCUCGUGUUGCAGACCAUGUUCAUGGUGAUGUACACUUUCCAAAAUGAGCCUUAAAAAUUGUAAAGGGGAAACUAUAAAAAGUGCUAAGUUAUUUGAGACUUCCUCAUUUAAUAAGGUAGGGUGUUAAAACUUCUGUCUCCCUGUUUUUCUAACCAAGGCGUUAGGACUUUGCUAUUUUUGUGAUGUCUGCCACUUGCUGCAAUGUCUGCAGCUGUCUGCUGCUCUGAAGAGUACAGUGCACUGGAGGAAAGCUGUCCCUUAAAAACAAGAACAAGGUUCCCUGCUGGAGAAUUUCACAAGCAGACCAGAGAGUUCUUCUAUAAUCCCUGCUGUCUUCCCUUCCCCAUUUCACGUGCACUCACACAACCCUCCUGAUUUGUAAGGGUUCAGAACAGUCCCCUAUUGCUCCCACAGGGACAAAAGGUUCCCAAUAAACCAAAGGAUGGAUCCACCUCAGAACAAUGCAGGUGCCAAGUCUCUGAAGAACGGCUGGCUGGCUGUCAGAGCCAAAGGCUUCUUGCUCACACAGCAGGAUGAUCUGGAACUCUUCCAGAUCUGGCUCCCUCCCUCACCGGCCAAGGGGUUAUGAAAAAUCCUGCCUUAGACUCUACAGUGAAGACAGCAUUUCAAGAAAGAGUUACCUGAAUCAACUGUGAUGCCUGAAGAGCUGUCCACUUGAUCUUCGUGAACCUCUCACUGUUUGUAAUGGCCAAUGGGCUUUUAAUGUGGUUUUCAUAUCAAAUGAUGGUGUGAUUAAUUUGCUUCCUACCCCCCAAACAAACUCUCAGGCAAAGCAUGUCUUCAAAAAUAUUAAGGAAGUAGAUAUACUUGGGUACUUAUUGAAAUGGUCAGUGAUAAGUAAAUGUUCUUAUAUCGUAAUACUACCUGAUUUCUAUGAAAUGUAUUUGACAAGCCAAAAUUCUGGGUUGUAGAACUCUGGAAAAAAAAUCAUUUCCUGGGAUUAAUUUCUCAAGGGAUUUUUUACAAGUUAAUGUGACAACUAACCGCAUUUCUCUUUAUUGCAAGUCUUUGCUACUUGUGGCUGAAUUGAGCUGUGACUGACACGCUGGAAGCCACCGUUGUUGGAUAUGUGAGAGUAGGAGUAUCAUACAAGCACAACAGGGUUUGCACUAAAGAAUUGUCAUGGUAAUAACACUAUUUGGUAGCCUAACUUCAUAUAUGUAUUCUUAAUUGCACAAAAAUUCAACAAUUUGUCACCUUGGGGUUUUGAAUGUUUGCUUUAAGUAUUGGCUCUUUCUAUGUUUUAUAAACCAAAACAGAAUUUCCAAAAACAAUGAAGGAAACCAAAAUAAAUAUUUCUGCAUUUCGAGUGAGUGAAACUUCUCUUUUAAUGUCAAGUUGAACAUUUGGGACAACCCAUGGUAUGCAGAAGCAAAGAGCAGUGGUCCUCAGCCCCAAAUCCCUCCCCACUGCUUCCUUUGCUUUCCAGGUCUCCUUCUUGAACUCAUUUGCCCUUGGACCUUCUAGACACUGACCCGAACCUCUCACCAGGUUGUCUCUAGCAAUCGUCUUAAUGUGUUGUGGAGAAGAACAUCAUGGUGUGAAUAAAAUGGAUAUUCCUCAAAGUGGAACUUUGCUGGAAAGCAACAUUUCGGCAAACAUUGAAUGUACUUAGUGGUCCAUAGGGUUCAUAGUGGAUUCAAUUCUAUAUUUUAGUAAUUCCCUUACUGUAGAACCAUUUUAGACAGUGUCUCAUUU